CGCAGAUGUAAAAUUGCAGAAUGCGACACGGUUUCCAGCGCCUACGAAGAGUACUGGACACAAUUCGGUAUUCCUCCGAAAAGUAAUGGACUGGACCAAUGUAAUCGCUUUGCGAGUAAUUAUACUAUAAACCAAACAGUUUCUACGACACCUGCCGAUGAGUCAAUCGGAUUGUGCUAUGCGCACAAUUUCGAUAGCAGUAAAAAGGAGAGGUGUAAGGACAACGAUUUCAUAUUUCGCGAUAAGGAAGUGACGAUAGCGAAUGAGUUCGGUAUUUACUGCGAAAACGAAUGGAAGUUGGCCAUGGUGGGCACAAUUGGCAAUCUGGGACAGUUCGUCGGCAUACCCUUGGGCGGUGUCAUAUCAGAUCGGUAUGGCCGCCGGAACGCGCUCGCACUUGGCGGAUUCUUUAGCGCCUUCUUAGGACUAAUACGCUCAUUCACACCCAGCUACACUUCUUUUAUAAUUUUCGAAUUCCUCGACAAUAUCGCCUCGAGUCCAAUGUAUCCGAUAUGCUUCAUUUUGGGCGUUGAGUUAGUCGGUCCACAACGGCGUGUGAUCGCCUGUAGCAUGAUCACCAUUUUCUAUGCCAUCGGCGAAAUUCUACUAGCAGUUGUUGCAAAGUAUUUUCAAAAUUGGCGGCUUAUCUUACGCAUCGUUUACGUACCGGCGAUAGUACUCAUCAGCUAUAUUUGGAUACUUCCGGAGAGCAUACGUUGGCUGCUGAGUCAGGGUAAGGAUGAGGAUGCCAAAAAUAUACUACGACGCGCUGCCACGGUGAAUAAACGCCAACUUUCCGAUGAUUCGCUGCACAAAUUAAUUUCAGCGAAUCGUGAAAAGUUAGCAACAGCCACAGAUGGUCGCUUUCCCAUCAAGGAGGCAUUCAAACAGCUCUCAUGGCGCAUCAUAAAUUGCUCUUUCAGUUGGAUUGUCAUUGUGUUGGUCUACUAUGGCAUCAGCUUAAAUGCGGUGCUCCUGGAUGGUGAUAAAUAUAAUAAUUUCAUGUUUAUUUCAUUAAUCGAGUUACCCGGCUUCUUUUUGCCGUUUCUUAUCAUGGAUCGCUUUGGCAGGCGAUACUCGCUUUGCGCUACCAUGUUGUUAAGUGGGAUUUGUUGCUUGAUAACAGCUUUUCUACCGGCAGAUGACUUCGCGUGGCGUUUGACGUUGUUCCUAAUGGGCAAGCUUAUGAUUACAGCCGCAUUUCAAAUAUUGUAUUUCUUCACAUCGGAAAUCUUUCCAACAAAUAUACGCAACAGUUUGCUCUCCUUCUGUUCGAUGGUGGGCCGAGUGGGUUCAAUGUUGGCGCCACAAACACCUGUGCUGGCUAAAUUUCACGAAAAUGCUCCAGCGAUAUUGUUUGCUGUUUGUGCAAUUAUCAGCGGCCUUUUGGCGCUUUUCUUUCCCGAAACAACAAAUAUUGUGCUGCCAACAACAAUGCAUGAUGCACAUAAUAUAGGAGCUAAACAGCACAAUGAGAAAACAAAAGUAAAUUCGUGUAGAAAUUUAAGUUCAUGAAAAUACGGACUAAUUAAUUUAAGUUUCCAGCUUUUUUCUAUAUCAAUUAAAAGCUGUUAAGUUAUUUCAUUUUAAUUUGCAUACGAGUUCCUCAAAGCGCUUGUAUUGUUUCCCUAUUAUGUGUGAAAUAAAAAACAUUAAAAAAAUUGCUAUCUUUUAAAUGAGGACUGCACUUUUUGGUACUAAGCUCGGCCAAACACUAACAUAUGUGUGUGUAAGCGCCAAUUUAUUAUUCUUUAUUCUUCAUCCAUAUCGGCACAGCAUGUAACCGCGAAAAGAGGAUUUGUAAGUAACAGAAUUUAUGGAACUUCAUCGAGAAACAAAUGAAUUCAUCACUUCUGAAGGAUAUCAGUUUGUAACCGCGGCGUCUACAGUGGAAUCCAGUUAGAGACUUCGUGCCAAAAGAGGCGUUAGUAUAAUGGCA